AUGGCUCCGAAGGAGAACGUAGAUAUUGCGAAAGAGAGGAAAUCUUGUUCAUUUGACAAACGAGAACUGACGUGGUUGCUCGAUGGUGGUCGCGAUGCAAGUGAACGGCGGAAGCGCAUGGAGGAAUAUAUUCUUAGUCAGCCGGGAAUGUAUGAAGGAAUUGGGGCCUACGAUUUUUUGAGCCACGAGGACAGGUACACAAAAAGCAUUGAAAAAGGCGCUAAAAUGCUUCAGUUAUGCUUGAAAGCUGACGAAGUUCUUGGAGAUGGGUAUCAGUACGAGGCAAUGAGGAUGUUCAAUUUCCCGACGCUCAGUGGCGCUGUCAUUCCGGAUGGAAAUCCUUUCAACUUGCACUUCGUCAUGUUUUUGACCACAUUGACUGAAUUUGCAAAAAUGGCUCCGGAAGAGAACGUAGAUAUUGCGAAAGAGAGGAAAUCUUGUUCAUUUGACAAACGAGAACUGACGUGGUUGCUCGAUGGUGGUCGCGAUGCAAGUGAACGGCGGAAGCGCAUGGAGGAAUAUAUUCUUAGUCAGCCGGGAAUGUAUGAAGGAAUUGGGGCCUACGAUUUUUUGAGCCACGAGGACAGGUACACGAAAAGCAUUGAAAAAGGCGCUAAAAUGCUUCAGUUAUGCUUGAAAGCUGACGAAGUUCUUGGAGAUGGUUAUCAGUACGAGGCAAUGAGGAUGUUCAAUUUCCCGACGCUCAGUGGCGCUGUCAUUCCGGAUGGAAAUCCUUUCAACUUGCACUUCGUCAUGUUUUUGACCACAUUGACUGGUCAAGGAACCUUGGAGCAACAGACGGAGUGGCUAGGGAGAGCAUGGAAUUGCGAAAUAAUUGGGACAUACGCUCAAACGGAAAUAGGUCACGGAACAUUUCUUCGUGGGUUAGAGACGAAAGCAGAAUACGACCCAACAACUGAGGAGUUUGUUUUCAAUACCCCAAGGUUGAGUGCCACGAAAUGGUGGCCAGGAAGUCUGGGGAAAACUGCAAAUUAUGCGAUCGUUCCGGCACAUUUGUACAUUCACGGAGUCAAUUAUGGGAUGCACACGUUUAUUGUGCAGCUUAGAAGAGAAGAGGAUCACACUUCUAUGCCGGGGAUUACUAUUGGUGAAAUUGGACCGAAGUAUGGAAUGAAUUCGAAUGACAAUGGUUUUCUUCACUUGAAAAACGUCCGCGUUCCGCGGAAGAAUAUGAUGAUGAAGCAUGCGCAAGUUCUACCGGAUGGAACGUAUGUAAAACCGCAGAAUGCGAAAUUGAGUUACGGAACGAUGAUCUUCGUACGAGUGGUGAUCAGCCAAGAAGUUGUGAUGCAGUUACAGAAAGCUGUUACCAUUGCUGUGAGGUAUUCCGCUGUCAGGCGACAAAGUAAAAUUGAACCCGAAGAAGCAGAAGUGCAGGUCAUUGACUUCGUCACACAGCAGUUCAAACUUUUUCCCGCGAUUGCAUCUGUUUUUGCAAUCCAUUUUGCGGCCGCUGCGCUGUGGGACGAUUAUCUUGAAGUCACAGCUUCAAUGGGUGAUGGAAAUUUGGAUCGUCUACCAGAGGUACUAUUUUCUUGA